AUGCCUGUAUACAUUCACAAGAUUACACAAGAUUAUUCAAGAAAUGUGGUAGCUGCGUAUGCAUUCGGGCUACUCCAGAAGUUUAUCAUACCCCGGCUUUUGAAGUGCACGAAUAGCACCGUGAUCUCGGACCCUGGUGACGACUUUCUAGACCUUCACGAGGAUUUUCACCAAUAG